AUGUUUGAGCUAAAACAUGGCCGCUUCCUUCCUGUGCCCGGUUUUCUACUUUAUGACGACACAAUCUCAGUCACUGGAUCAACGGCUGUCGCCGUUUUUCUUUCUCUCUUUUUUUUUCAAAAUUGUGGUUUUUUCCAGGCAUGCCGUCUUUUGAGUCGUGCUUCUCCUGUGGAAUGUCUGGCCAUUGGUCCAGAAAUUGCCCCUACUCCUUUGGUUCCAACACCUACUCACGUUACCGAAAUCAGGCAAGACCCACACCAGCCGUCCCUUUCACCGGGCAGAGACCUCCAUUCCCAUCAUGGCACGCCCCAUCCUACCAGUUCCAGAGAGCAUUGCCCCAAGCAGGCAACCAGGGAAUUGCCCCGACAGGGUCUUUUGAUACCGCCAGUACCAGCACCGCCUCAACAUUGCCAAAAGCACAGUAAAGACAAUAUUCGCAAUAAGUUCGAUGACGUUCUAAAGAUAGUCCGAAACCACCCAUUUUGGCUCGAUUUCCCCCUCCAUUUCCAAGCCAAGAAAGAAAUAAUGCUGCUAGAUGUAAUCUUUGCUAAAUCCGAGGGUACGGUUAUGGCUUAUUUCUAUAAAUGUCGUCAAUUUUUGUCCUGGUUAGAAUUGCAAGGUAUUCCUCCGAUGCUCCCCUUUUCUGAACAAGUGUUAGCAAUUUACCUGUCACAUAUAAAAUCCCAUUCAAACUCUGAUAGUGCUUUGAUUUCUACUGCUGCUUCAUUGAGAUGGUUACAUUCAUUGGUUAAUGUCAAAAGUAACCCGCUUGAUGCACCCAUCGUUCAACAUGUGAUAGUCAGCGGUAGGCGGGAACUACAUCAUCCGCCCGCACAAAAACAGCCAAUUUCCCUAAGUCAAGUCAAAGCCAUUGUCGACCUUUUCGCGGGUCCUGAUGCCUCACUUUUAGAUCUUAGAUCUGCCUGCUAUGUCUCCCUCAAAUAUGCUCUCCUUUUUCGUCACAAUGAGAUGGCAGGUAUGAAGGCUACCCACUUAUCUGAAUUGCCAAACAAUAAGGGUAUUUCAAUCUUUAUUCCAAAAUCAAACACCGACAUUUUCAGGGAUGGUAGUACUGCUUUUCUUUGCGACACACUGGACACCUACUCACCAGUUGCGAUUUUACGCCGAUUUUUAGAGGCUGCUGGGAUCAAUCUGGGUCAAGACAAAUAUCUGUUCACCCCUGUUAUAUUUUUGUCCAGUACAAAAACGUACAAAAUUGGCGCUGAUAGACCCUUAAGUUACACUAGGUGCAGAGAGUUGUUUUUUGAGGCCCUUAGGCGCAUAGGCGUAACCGAUCCCAAGGUAUACGGCCUUCAUAGCCUAAGAUCAGGCGGGGCUUCCCACCUAGCUAACAAACAUGUUCCUGAAGCUUUGAUAAUGCAACAAGGUCGCUGGAAGACCACUGAGGCUAAAAACAGAUACGUCAAAUGGGAUAUCAAACAAAGACUAGACCUGUCAAAAACACUCUUCAAAGAGUAG